UGAGCUUGAUUUACAUCAUUGUUUGAAUCGUGUGGGUUGUCAGCGUUGAUAUAAAAAUCAACAUAACUGUACUUUACGGAUAGCAGUGUGUACAUAACUUAGAAAUAUAUAUUAGGAAUAAAACAACGAAAUAAAAAGGCGCCAUUACGCGACAUAUGGCAAGUGUUGUCUGCUUCGUCAUCGUCCUGAUGACGUCCCGUCACGUGACCGGGCAGGUGCAUGACGUGGCACAGCUGGACAAAAGAUUGACGUCCAUUAAGAGUUUUGUUGAUCGUGAUAUCAGCGACAUCCGGUUUCAGAUCUUCGAACUGAAAAUGACUGUCGAGCAGAUGGUGGUCGAUCAUAGGAACGCUAGCGAUGGGUCAAUUACUGGCGGACCGUUCCUUAACUAUGGUCAAGGAAUGGCAGGUGUUAAUCAAAAGGAAAUUACAGAUCUCAAAAAUAAAUUGAAUGAACAUGAAAACCGACUGAACCGAUUAUUCAGUACAGUUAAUGAUAUUCAUGAGGUAAAAAACUCAUCUCCUAAAAGAACAGCUAAAACCGACGUUGAAAUAAAAUGCGACGACAGAUUCAGCACGCUCAAAAAGAAGUUUGAAGAAACCGCAGCGGCAAUGAUGAAAGGUUACAAUGAACUAAAAUCGCACGUGAACGUCAAAGUCUCUUUGUUCGAUCAAAUACAUAACCUUUCCCAGUCCGUAAUCUCCGAACAAUACAAACUGAGUGCGAGGAUUGACCAGGCAGAUGCAAACAUCAUUAGACUGGAUGGUGAAGUGAACAAGCUCGAAGUCAACGAAUUGGUCGAGAAAAAGGAAAGAAACAAAAUUAUCAAAAACUUAAAAGAUGAACUUCUCCAGUUGAACGCAGGCAUUAAAACGAAAUGCGACGACAGAGUCAACGCUCUUCAAAACAGGUUUGAAGAAUCCACAACGGCGAAUUUGGCAGUUUAUAAAGAUCUGGAAACGCAAAUUUCCGUUCAAUUGAAAGAUCUUUCCAAGUCGUUGAUUACCGAACAAAACAAACUGAGUGUGAGGAUGAACCAAGCAGAUGAGAACAUCGUAAGACUGAAUGGUGGAUUGAACAAGCUGGAUGGCUUUUCGAGAGCGAUCGAAGGGCUGAAAACAAGGACUGACAAGUGCUGUAUAGAUUGUGGUGACCCAACACCAGACCAUGGUACAGUAAACACCACAGUAACAAAGUAUGGAACUGUUGUUAAAAUAUCCUGCAAUCACGGUUACGUAUUGAGCGGAGAAAACAUCGUCAAAUGCAACGCUGACUCUGUCUGGUCUGAAUCAGCCACGUGUAACCCAUAUGACUGUGGAAGUUCUGCCCCAAAAAAUGGUGUGGCCACAGCCCCCAAUGGCACUACCUACCAGAAGCAGGCUACUGUGAAGUGUAACCCAGGCUACACACUAAAAGGUUCGUCAGUGAUAGAGUGCAAUGCAACCGGCUGGAAUGACUCUGUCUCAUGUGUUAUACAACAUGACUGCCAGGACUGGUACACUUUGGGGUUUCGUGAUACCAGGGUUUAUACCAUCUAUCCGAGCCCGGGAUUAACAUUACAGGUCAUGUGUGACAUGAAGACUGAUGGAGGAGGGUGGACGGUAAUACAGAGACGGGUGUCCGCCAGUGACUUUUACAAAUCUUGGGCCGAAUACAAAGCCGGGUUCGGCGAUGAACAGAACUUCUGGCUCGGAAAUGAGAAAAUCUUUGCACUGACAGGCUCAGGGGAUUACAGACUACGAGUUGAUUUGACAGCAGUCGGAGGGGAAACCGCAUACGCGUCAUAUCAACUGUUUGCAGUUGCAGGGGAGAAUGAUUUGUACAGGUUGUCUGUCGCAAAUUAUAGCGGAACUGCGGGCGAUAGUAUGUCGUAUUCAAACAACAUGGCGUUAACAGUUAAAGAUCGUGAUAAUGAUUUGUAUUUUGAGAACUGCGCUACGCAUUUGAAAAGUGCGUGGUGGUACCAUUCAUGCAGCAUCUCAGAUUUAAAUGGGCCUUAUGGUGGAGACAAUACAGGAGGAUAUGAAAGAGGACUAAGAUGGUAUACUUGGCUUGGCUCUGGCUAUUCGAAAGCAAGUUCGGAAAUGAAAAUACGGAGAAGAUAACUGAUUGAUAAGGAAUAUAUUGCAUCAUACUUGUAACGCACGAACCAUCAACUUAAUUGAAAUAUUAUCCUAAACAUAACAUGUUGAAUAUGUUUGUUCGAAAGCAUUAGUGACUAUGUACAGCCACUAACUGAAUUUACGAAUCUUAAAUUUGUAAUCGUUGUGGUUGCUUGUGUACACUUUAUGCUUUGCUGGGUGAGUUAAUGGUUGGUUGGUGUUUAUUCAUGGAUAGUACUGUGAAAUAUCAUAUGUCUUAUUAUAUUCAGUUAUCUUUGUAAUUGUAAUGUUAUUCGGUGAAUAUAAGACACACAUUAAAUUGUGUACAGCUUUUUGAUAAAUUAA